ACCAUCUCUCUCUUUCUUCAUUUCUUUUUUCUCCCUCUCUCUCUGAAGGGUUUUCUCAAAAUCUGGUUUUUAUGAGGUUGUUAUCUUGAAAUGGGAAGGAGAUCGAGAGCUCCUGAGAGAGACCAUCUUCUCAGAAUCUGAUGUUGCUGAGGAGUUCUCGACUUCCAGCUUGAGUUCCUGACAUUUCGACCCCUCUCCUUUGAGUCCUUUUGGAUUCUGGAAUCAUGUCUCAGACCAACUGGGAAGCGGAUAAGAUGUUAGAUGUGUACAUUUAUGAUUAUUUGGUGAAGAGGAAUUUGCACGCGUCAGCAAAGGCCUUUCAAGCCGAAGGAAAAGUGUCUUCGGAUCCCGUUGCAAUCGAUGCUCCAGGUGGGUUUCUCUUCGAAUGGUGGUCUGUGUUUUGGGAUAUCUUCAUUGCCAGGACAAAUGAGAAGCACUCGGAUGUUGCUGCCUCUUACAUAGAGACCCAAUUAAUCAAGGCACGAGAGCAGCAGCAACAGCAGCAGCAGCAGCAGCAACAACAACAACAACAACCACAACAGCCACAACACCAGCAGCAGCAGCAACAACAGAUGCAAAUGCAGCAACUCUUAUUGCAGAGGCAUGCACAACAGCAGCAGCAUCAGCAGCAGCAGCAGCAGCAGCAGCAGCAACAACAACAGCAGCAGCAGCAGCAGCAACGGAGAGAGGGAGCACAUCUUAUAAAUGGUACUGCAAAUGGGCUUGUUGGUAAUGAUCCUCUAAUGCGACAGAAUCCAGGAACUGCAAAUGCAUUGGCGACUAAGAUGUACGAGGAACGGUUAAAGCUUCCACUUCAGAGAGACUCUUUGGAUGAUGCGUCUAUGAAGCAAAGGUUUGGUGACAACGUUGGCCCGCUCCUGGAUCCAAACCACGCGUCGAUGUUAAAGUCAGCUGCAGCAUCUGGCCAACCUUCUGGGCAAGUGUUGCAUGGGACACCUGGUGGUAUGUCAGGGGCACUUCAGCAAGUGCAAGCUCGAAAUCAGCAGCUUCAAGGAUCUACACCGGACAUAAAGAGUGAGAUGAAUCCAGUAUUGAAUGCCAGAGCUGCGGGUCCCGAUGGAUCGUUAAUUGGAGUUCCUGGAUCAAAUCAAGGUGGUAACAAUUUGACGCUGAAAGGAUGGCCUCUUACAGGUUUUGAUCAGCUCCGGUCAGGAAUUUUACAACAGCAAAAGUCAUAUAUGCCAUCCCCGCAAACAUAUCCUCAGCUUCAGUUGCUGACUCCACAGCAUCAGCAGCUUCUGAUGCAGGCACAGAAUAUGACCUCCUCAUCACCAGGUGAGGUUGACAGCAGAAGACUAAGAAUGCUUCUGAACAACCGGAACAUGGUUCUUGGGAAGGAUGGACAGUCCAAUUCUGUUGGUGAUGUAGUUCCAAAUGUUGGGUCUCCAAUGCAAGCUGCAUGUUCCGUUUUGCCUCGUGGAGGAGAAACAGAUAUGAUAAUGAAGAAAAUAGUUCAGUUGCAGCAGCAGCAGCAACAACAACAACAUAACAGUAAUCAGCAACAACAGCUUCAGCAGCACGCGCUCUCGAGUCAGCAGUCGCAGAGUUCAAACCCACAUCUUCAUCAGCAAGACAAAAUGGGCACUGGCAGUGUUACUGUGGAUGGUAGCAUAUCAAACUCCUUUCGAGGAAAUGAUCAGGCUUCAAAGAAUCAGGGUGGGAGAAAGAGAAAGCAGCCUGGAACAUCUUCAGGUCCUGCCAAUAGUUCAGGAACUGCAAAUACGACUGGACCCUCCCCAAGUUCAGCUCCCUCAACACCCUCCACUCAUACACCGGGAGAUGUGAUCUCAAUGCCUUCUUUGCCUCAUAAUGGUAGCUCAUCAAAGCCAUUGAGUAUGUUUGGCUCUGAUGGACCUGGAACUCUUACUUCACCAUCGAAUCAAUUGUGGGAUGAUAAAGAUAUUGAAUUGCAGGCUGAUAUGGAUAGAUUCGUGGAGGAUGGUUCUUUGGAUGAUAACGUGGAGUCAUUCUUAUCUCAUGACGAUGCAGACCCCAGAGAUACAGUUGGCCGCUGCAUGGAUGUCAGCAAAGGGUUCACAUUUACUGAGGUUGGUUGUAUCCGAGCUAGUUCAAGUAAAGUUGUCUGCUGCCACUUUUCAUCAGAUGGAAAGCUGCUUGCUAGCGGUGGCCAUGAUAAAAAGGCUGUGUUGUGGCACACGGAGACUUUAAAGCCAAAGACUGCACUGGAAGAGCAUUCUUUGUUGAUUACUGACGUUCGUUUCAGUCCAAGCAUGCCUCGACUGGCUACCUCUUCUUUUGACAAAACUGUCCGGGUUUGGGAUGCUGACAAUCCAGGCUAUUCACUUCGCACUUUCACUGGACAUUCUGCCUCUGUUAUGUCCCUGGACUUCCACCCGAACAAAGAGGAUCUCAUCUGCUCUUGUGACGGGGACAGUGAAAUACGGUACUGGAGUAUUAAUAAUGGUAGCUGUGCUAGAGUCUUCAAGGGUGGGACAACCCAGAUGAGAUUCCAGCCCCGUCUUGGUAGGUACCUUGCGGCUGCUGCUGAAAAUGUUGUAUCAAUACUGGAUGUUGAGACUCAAGCUUGUCGGCAUUCAUUACAGGGACACACAAAGCCUGUCCAUUCUGUGUGUUGGGAUCCCACAGGCGAUUAUGUAGCAUCUGUUAGUGAAGACUCAGUCAGGGUAUGGUCACUUGGCGCUGGGAGUGAAGGCGAGUGCGUCCAUGACUUGAGCUGUAAUGGCAACAAAUUCCACUCCUGUGUUUUCCACCCAACUUAUCCUUCAUUGCUGGUCAUUGGUUGUUACCAGUCUCUAGAGCUCUGGAACAUGGCUGAGAACAAGACCAUGACACUGUCUGCGCAUGAGGGGUUGAUUGCUGCCUUGGCGGUGUCAAACAUGAAAGGGUUGGUGGCUUCUGCAAGCCACGACAAAUUCGUCAAACUUUGGAAAUGAAAUGAAGGUUCUUUUGCUACAAUGGGUAAACUGCUAUCUGUACUCAAAAUUGCAUUCCACUCGGUUCUAACAUCUCUCAGUAGUGCUUGUUUUGAUUGCAGUUGGUCUAGCAGGGAAAAGGGUUGCUAGAUCACUGCCAUUGGCUCUUCUGUCUACUUAAUCUAACCGGAAAAGAUCACGUCUUAUACUAACCAUGUUGUUGUUGUAGUCGUUAUGUUUAUGAUAGGGAGACAUGACUCAUAAUCCAUCAUACUAAAUCCAUGAAAUACUCUUUUGUUUCACAGGCCAGCCAUUGCGAUAGGACUUAGUAGCUGUGUAUAUACUCUUUAUAUAAUAUAUGCAUAUUCGGAGUCUUUGUUUUC